CUCUUCCUCUGACUCUCAGUGUCCUGCUUAACUCUUGUGCUCUUCUUUCAUCAAGCUCUCUCACCAUGAACAGACAAGUCUGCAAGACAUCUGGUGGCGGCAGCCAGGGCUUCUCGGGCCGCUCCGCCGUGGUCUCAGGCAGCAGCAGGAUGAGCAGUGUGGCCCGCUCCGGGGGAGCCAGUGGAGGGGCCUGCGGGUUCCGGGGUGGAGCGGGAGGCUUCGGCAGUCGCAGCCUCUACAGCCUGGGUGGCAACAAGAGCAUCUCCAUCAGCGUGGCUGGUGGCUCCCGGGCUGGUGGCUUUGGGGGAGGGCGUAGCAGCAGUGGCAGUGUCUUUGGGGGUGGCUAUGGAGGUGGCUUUGGUGGUGGCUAUGGAGGUGGCUUUGGUGGUGGCAGAGGAAUAGGAGGUGGCUUUGGAGGAGGGGCUGGUGGCUUUGGAGGAGGGGCUGGUGGCUUUGGUGGGGCUGGUGGCUUUGGCGGGGCUGGUGGCUUUGGCGGAGCUGGUGGCUUUGGAGGGCCUGGUGGCUUUGGUGGCCCUGGUGGCUUUGGUCCUGGCGGCUUUGGUGGUCCUGGUGGCUUCCCCGGGGGGAUCCAGGAGGUGACUGUCAACCAGAGCCUCCUGCAGCCCCUCAAUGUGGAGAUCGACCCCCAGAUCGGACAAGUGAAGACCCAGGAGCGUGAGCAGAUCAAGACCCUCAACAACAAGUUUGCCUCCUUCAUCGACAAGGUGCGCUUCCUGGAGCAGCAGAACAAGGUCCUGGAGACCAAGUGGAGCCUGCUCCAGCAGCAAGGCACAAAUUCCAUCACAGGCACCAACAACCUAGAGCCCCUUUUUGAGAACUACAUCAGCACCCAGCGGAGCUACCUGGACAGCAUCCUGGGGGAGAGGGGCCGCCUGGACUCGGAGCUGAGGAACAUGCAGGACCUGGUGGAAGACUUCAAGAGGAAGUAUGAGGAUGAAAUCAAUAAACGUACAGCUGCUGAGAAUGAUUUUGUGACCCUGAAGAAGGAUGUGGACGCCGCCUACAUGAACAAGGUGGAGCUUCAGGCCAAGGUGGACGCCUUAAUGGAUGAAAUCAACUUCCUGACAACCCUCUAUGAUAUGGAGCUGUCCCAGAUGCAGAGCCAUGUCAGUGACACGUCCGUGGUGCUGUCCAUGGACAACAACCGCAGCCUGGACCUGGACAGCAUCAUCGCCGAGGUCAAGGCCCAGUAUGAGGACAUCGCCCAGAGGAGCAAGGCGGAGGCUGAGGCAUUGUACCAGACCAAGUUGGGAGAGCUGCAGACCACGGCCGGCAGACACGGGGAUGACCUGAAGAACACCAAGAGUGAGAUCAUGGAGCUCAACAGGAUGAUCCAGAGGCUGCGGGCUGAGAUCGAGAAUGUUAAGAAGCAGAAUGCCAACCUGCAGACGGCCAUCGCCGAGGCUGAGCAGCGUGGGGAGCUGGCCCUCAAGGACGCCAAUGCCAAGCUCCAAGAGCUGCAGGCUGCCCUCCAGCAGGCCAAGGAUGACCUGGCCCGGCUGCUGAAGGAGUACCAGGAGCUCAUGAACGUCAAGCUGGCCCUGGACGUGGAGAUCGCCACCUACCGCAAGCUGCUGGAGGGCGAGGAGUGCAGGAUGUCUGGAGAGUGCCAGAGCGCCGUCAGCAUCUCCGUGCUCAGCAGUGGGACAUCGGCGGCAGGUGGCUUCGGCGGGACAUCGGCGGCAGGUGGCUUCGGCGGCGGCUUGGGCGGCAGCUGGGGCGCAGGAGGAGGUGCAGGUGGCGGCUGGGGCCGGGCGGGUGGCAUCAGCUCGGGCUCCGGGGUCCGCUGCGGGCUCAGUGGUGGAGGCUUCAGCUCGGGCAGCAGCCGGGGCGGCAGCAUCAAGUUGUCCCAGUCCUCGCAGCGCAGCUCCAGAUGAGUGCCGCACCCCCUGCCCGCAGCCGCCUCUCCCCUCCGCCCUCGGUGCCCCCCCAGCCUGCUCCCCUGCACCGACCCCUGCCCUGGGCUGCUCCAGGGGGGCUAGACGACCCAGGCCUCUGGCUCCUCCUGCAUCCGGACCCCUGGCCGAGCAGCAGCUCGGGCUCCCCUCUGUGCCCGAUUGUCCAGGUGUGGCCUCCGCCACCGCCCUCUCCUGCCCUUGGGGUCCCCUCCCUGGGGGGAAUGGUCACCAGCCCUGAUGUACAUAACACACGGACCCCUCUGCCAACCGUUCUGUCGCCAAUAAAGUGCAUUGUGUUUCAAUCCG